GUUUGCCAUUGAUUUGACACUAUAUUAUCAAUUGUUAGUUCAUCAAAGUUGUGAUAUAUGAUUGAAUCCAAUAUUACCGUCCGAUAUAUAGACAAUGAUUGAUACGGCCAUCAGCGGCGGCGGCGGCUUUGCAAUGGUAGUCGAACCACGAUAUGCACCGCUGGCCAAACCAUUGUGUCUGCAGAGACUCGAACGGGCACUUCGUUUGGACGGUUUAGUAGCACAGCUCGAGAGGACACUCAACGAUAAGAGUUUGGAUAAAGAGAUAAACACAACGGUCUCUAAACAGCAGUCGAAAGCAGUGAAGACACGAAUCUAUAAUUUGUCGAAAGUCAAGAAAAACAAGAAAUGGCUUAAAAAUAUACUUUUGGACAAAACAGACGACGACUCGUCUGAUAAUUUGGACAUUGAAUCUGAUCUGAAAGACGACGAUUGUAUUCGCGAAAUGCUUCGCUUUCAUAGACUCGAUAAGAAAGUUCGCAAAGAGUGUAGCCUUCAAACUGAUCCGCAACAACAACUCAUGCAAUAUCAACACUACAGUACAAGUCUAUUGAAUCCAAUUCAAGAACAGUUUAUAGUGUCAAUCAAUACUAAUAAGACUCCAAACAGUCGAUCAAAAUCGACCAAAGUUUCUGUGUCUAAGUCUAAGAAAUCUAAAACAACAACACCAGUAGUUGGUGUCAUCUCAAGCGUUACGACCAAUGGGGCAAUAGAAGUGAAAACUGAAGACACAAACACUUGUUUAUCCACAAUUACUGAUCCGCUGACACUGCUGGACAAACCGAUAAAAGUGAAAAAGAUUGGAUUGGAUGACAUCACAUACGAUACACAUUUGCCAAAAGAAAUACUUGAAACAAAAUGUUCAAAUACAUCGCCAUUUGUGGAACUAUCGGUCACUUCUAGCUAUACUCAGUCAUCAAAUGUAACUAAUCUAUUACCCGAAGAUAUCUUUGACACUGAAGAGUCUUUUGGUUCAGUACUAUCUCAGACAUUAUCACAGCAAACACCGACACACCCGACGAUGACUAACUUUUCGAUACCAAAGUACGCUACAGUUCCGACAACCCCGACUUGUUUAAGUCCAUUGACAUCACCAAUAUUACCAUCGAAACGAUCGACAAAGAAAAAAACAUCGACGACUACUUCGCUGAUGAGUGACGAGUCCACUAUGAAUGCCCGCCGAAAAAGUUUAUGGAUUACGAUUGCCCGCAAAGAGAUACCCAAAGUUUAUAAACAAAAACAAAUGUUGCGAAAGGAAGCGUUGAUGAACUGCCAGACGAUUGCCAAUUGGUGUCAACGGGAACAACUAAAGCGAACGCUUAUCCAUCAGAAACAGUUAGGUCGCCACCAAUACCCCAGAGCUCGACGACUGACCAAAGAAAUGUUAGUCUAUUGGAAACAGUUUGAUAAAGUGAAGAAUGAGUAUAGAAAAAGACUUAGAAGAAGGCAUAGGAUUUAUUUUACCGAAAAUAAUAUCAAAAUCAAAAUAACUCUUUAAGAUAACUGUUUUUUGUUUGUUUGUUUCACACAUUUAU